UCAACCAGGAGGGGAAACAGCAAAAGAAACAGCGGCGUCGUCCCCCUACUGUUCCGCCAUCUCGGUGAAAUUAGAGCUAGAUUCAAGUCCCAGUAGAAAAGUGCUGAGUUUUUGUCAGCUACCCACUUUGUUUAUUGCCCAAAAAUAAAGCCAUCGACUUUUUGGAUUCAUAUAUACAUGGUCCGGGGAUAAGACUCACUCACGAGUGCCGCUUGGAAUCAGCGAUCCGUGCUCUCUCUUCUUCAGGAGGAGUCAUGGGUUCUCUAAUGGCAGGAUGGAACACGCCAGUUCAAGAUCCUAAGGCUGCAAGAUAUCAGAGAAACAGAUCACUUACUAGAGGAGAGAUUGAUGCAUACUGGAAAUCCAAGAAGAAGACUGAGGAAGAACAUCUUAGGGAACUUUCUGGUUUCGUAGAGAAUAAUCAGGGUCACGGCUCUGGGGAAAAGCUACAGAGGUCAAGCUCGCUGCCUCUGACCGACAGAAGGGAGGGCUCACUGAACAAUAUCUUUAAAUCACAUGAUGAGAGGAACAACAAGACAAAUUGCUGGUGGACCUGGAGCAAUUGGGCAUUUCUGAAUGAACCUCCUGUGACAGCCAUGGAGGGCCCUUCCUACAAGUAUGCUUCACAGUACCAUGUCGCAAAUUUCGGCAGCUCGAGUGCAGCAAACAACUCAGAGAUCAGUGUGUAAACAGUAGUCUAUUGCUCAUCGGAAUCAGUGUCAUGGUGAUCAAAUAAUAUGGAUAGGGUUGAUAACCAAUGGAACUACGAUAGUCACUGGAGGUCUGGUCACUUCAGUCACUGUAUAUAGGUCUGCCUUGGCUGUGUAGAAAAGUUUGUUAAAAUGUGCAUUUCGUCAUGGAACUUUUGUGAAUCCGAAUAUAUAGAGUUCUGCUGUAUUUAGGUGGUGCCAUCUAGAUGGAUUAGUUGUUGCUUCUUCAUGGCCUCUUCAGCCUCAAGUCUUAUUAAUAUAGUAAAAGUUACCAUCAAAAGAAUGAAGCUACUUGUACCAAAAAACAGAAUGAAGUUACUCCUAAUAUAUGGUUUUGUAUAAAUUAUGCUGUAUUUAUGUGGUGCCA